AUGGCGUUUUUAAAGCAGCCAGAACAUAAACCCACAGGGGGAGCGCCAAGAGCUGCGGAGCCCCGGGGGCUCGAUGGGAGCCGGGCUGGGCAGCGGCUACCGCGCGGUUCCGGCGCUCGCAGCGGCCUGCGGCGACACCGCGCGGUGCCCGACACAAGCGAUGGUGCCGGGACACCGCCACAGGGACACCGCGGCCACCGGCCCCUCAAAGGCAGUCGGCAGGGCUCGGGCUCUCCUGUCUCUCCAUCGCCGGCGAACAGCGCGGGGACAGAGGUGCUACCAGCAUUGCUGAUGAACUCAGCUUUGGCCGCCAGUGGGCCCAUCCUGGAGCCAGCUGCCGGGGUCCCUCAGCCCUCACUGCGGACCCAUCCUCACCUCUCGAGGAGCCGGGCACGGCUCUCCCGCACCGCGGCGGGCACCGGCACAACUUCACGGCAGCCGCUCCGCGCCCCCGAACGAGGCUUCAAAAAGUUACCGCCGGCCUGCGGGAGCGGAGGGAGCGGGCGGUACGGCCCCAGGGCGGUGAACGGCCCAUCCUGGGCCGGGGCCCCGCCGCGGGCCGGCACGGUGAGGGGAGGCAGGGAGGGCGGCACGGUGAGAGGCAGCCCGGCGAGGGGGAGCGGGGUAGUUCCACGCCCGCCCGCCUCAGUAACUCCGCGGUUAUCUCCCUCAGGCGCGGAACGCGCGGAGACGCCGCGGCCCGGCCGAGCGCGUAGCCCUGCGGAGGAGCCGCAGGCGGAGGAGCGUGAGGAGCGCCCGCCUGGCUCCGAGGCACCGGGUCCGGUGAAGAGGAAGCAGCGGCGGUACCGCACCACGUUCAGCACGUUCCAGCUGGAGGAGCUGGAGCGCGCCUUCUGCAAGUCCCACUACCCCGACGUGUUCACCAGAGAGGAGCUGGCCCUGCGCCUCGACCUGACGGAAGCCCGGGUGCAGGUGAGUGCCGGAGGGGACGUGGGGCAAGAGAGGGUUGAACACAGAGCGUUUUCCCUCUUUUUCCGCCGGGCGAGAACGGAACAGCGGCGGCGCCGGGCCCGCGUCCUGUCCGCGGCGGGUGGUGCUGAAGGGACGGAGGAAGGGGCGCGUUACCUCCCUGGCGGGGAAGCGGCGGCUCAGGGACAUUCCCCGUUGAAGGUCUGGUUCCAAAACAGAAGGGCAAAGUGGAGGAAACGUGAAAAAAAUGAAAUUCUGGGGACUGUUCCGGGAAUCUCCUUAACGCACCCACUUGGUCUAUUUUUGGAUGUUCCACUGAGUCAUUCUCCCCUCCUAGAUCACACAUGGAGGUCAAUGCCUCUUUCCACAUUGGCUGUGCCGUCCAUGUCCCCAGCUUUUAGUCCUUCAACCUUAGGGCCAUUUGGCCUCAGCAGUCUUACCUGGACUUCUCUCUUCAGAAAUCCUAUAUUAAAUCCACAUUUUGGAAGGUUUCUCAAUGCUUUAAAUCCUCUCGUGACAACAGCUUCAGUACUAAUGAAAGCUCCUGGACCCCCGUCAGACCCUGUUCUCACUGCCUUCACUGAUCCAGCAGCAGUUGAAAGGAAAACGUCAAGCAUUGCAGCACUAAGACUCAAAGCGAAAGAACAUUCAGCACAAAUCCCUCAAUUAAACCUCAUCUCCAGUCUUACAAACACUAACAAAGAACUUUGUUAGGAGCUCUCCCACAGACUACAGCCACGGAGGGGAAAGUGAAUGCCUUCUCCAAUAAGUAGCUCUCAUUAGAGAGACACAUUUAAAAAAAGAAAACACACACACACACACAGAGCUGUAUUUCCUGCAGCUUCAGUAACAGACUGAAAGGAAAUAAACCUGCUAAAUAUUGUUUUCCUUCAUUACAACAUGAAAUCAGGCAGUAAAUUGGCUUGUAUCAUUUCUUGCACUGCAGAAACAGAAGCAGGAACUAUCUCAUCUGUGUAAAUCAGGCUAACAUGAAUCUGAAGCUUUGAAAUCACCGAACUCACCAGAAGCUAGUCCAAAGGCUCAAAAUUCUUUGUAGAAAUAACCACUUUUCUAAGCAAUUCUUAACUUCUCAGGAGGAACUCUUACAUGUAGUACUUGAGAAUCAGCACACAGUUAUUAACUUGGAGACCAUGCUUCAUGUUGAAGUGCAAAUGCCAGUGAAAUAUUGCAUUCUAGACAGACUUAGCAGGAACGAGAUGGGGACUAUUUUCAGUAUGGGCUUUUGAUUCAGAACUAGGUUAGUGUAAAGAGUACCUUGUUUCAAAUUUUAAAAAAGUUUGCUUUAUGUUCAGGGUGUCAAUGUCUUAACUAAGAAAGUUUAACCUCUGUACAUGAACUGUAUCCUGUGAAAGUAGGUUAGCAGCGUGCAGUAAAUUGUCUGUUAGUCUCUGUGUAUGUAUAUACAUGUCAAUAAGUAGCUUAUAGCUGUAAAUAUGAGGUUGCUGAAUAUUUUAGGAAGAUUUCUGGCACACAUUACCAGAUCAGUAAGUUAACAGAUUACUUGCAUAUUUUGAGAUAUUUCAUGCCUUGAGUAGUUUCAAAAUGGAAAUGAGUACUCAAUGUGAAAUGUUAAAUUCUUCCUUGGACCAAUGUUGAAAUGAGUGAAAACAGAGGCCUUACUGAGCAGGAGUCUGCAGUCCAUCACAAUCCUGGACUCCAUUACAGGUCAUUUUAAAGUCUUUGCUGAACUUCCCCAUCCAGAACAUGGGACUGAGAACAACUUUCCACAGGUCUGAUGCUUUAGUGUAAAGUGAGGAUAUGCAGUAUCCUCCUGGUGCUGUAGUGAAAAGUGAGGACAGGUCAUCUCAUCGUAUUCUCCUUUUGCAGCUCACUUGCCUACCUCACAGGGCUGUUGUGAGGACUCAUUAAACAAACACGACACUGUGCAAAUGGCAGAGUUAUACAAGUGCUAAUUUUUGUUUCACAGCAACUUAAGAAAAGCCAAUGGUUGGCUGCACAUGGAGAUCACCUUUCCCACACCUGCAGCAGAGGUCCGAGCAAAAUCUGUUCCUGUGGUUGAUGAGACAGCAUGGAACUCCUCCAGUGAUGCUGCCUGUUUUCUCAAAACUGUCCUCAAACACAUUUACACAGAAAAGAUUUUGUGCAUUUCAGACCUUUCUCAAGGCAGCUCUAGGCCUACUCUUAAGAGUACACAGUUGAGUUCUCAGCUAGAGUUUGAGGUGCAGAGCUCCAGCAACAUCACUGCUGCUUCUGGAGACUGCACUGAGCUUGUACUUAGCUCCAGGACAGAGAAGGAAGUUUGCUGGGCUAAAGACAAAUACUCAUCACUUUCCACAAGAGUGGAAUUAUUUCUGUUGAGUUCACAGACCUCACUGGUAGCACAAGCAGGAGAAGGUGGUGGUAUUUCAGCUGUUGGAAAAGCCAGCUCCCUACUGGAGUUACAGCAGGGCUGCAGUGUGUGUCAAGCAGCAGGAGACUGUGGAAGUAAAGCAAGCAGGACCUCUCACACAAAGU